GGCGGGCAGGCGAGCACUGACGUGGCAGUGACAUGCAGCACGGGAGGGAGGUGGGAUGCAGGGUCUUGGUUUGGGGACAUCUGGGGACAUGCUUGGGGGUGUGCACAGCCUGCAGGAACUGCGGCGCAGCGCAUCCCUGGCCACCAAGGUCUUCGUGCAGCGGGAUUACAGUGACGGGACCACAUGCCAGUUCCAGACAAAGUUUCCCCCUGAGCUGGAGAGCCGGAUUGAGCGGCAACUCUUUGAGGAAACUGUGAAAACUCUAAACGGCUUCUACGCUGAGGCAGAGAAGAUUGGGGGCAGCUCAUACCUGGAGGGGUGCCUGGCCUGUGCCACUGCCUAUUUCAUCUUCCUUUGCAUGGAGACACAUUAUGAGAAGGUACUGAAGAAGAUCUCCAAGUAUAUCCAGGACCAGAACGAGAAGAUCUAUGCACCACGGGGGCUGCUGCUCACUGAUCCCCUGGAGCGUGGCAUGAGGGUUAUUGAGAUCUCCAUCUACGAGGACCGGUGCAGCAGCGGCAGCUCCAGCAGCGGUAGCUCCACCAGCAGCAGCGGUGGUGGGGGUGGUGGGGCGGGGGGCCGGUGACUGGCAGGGAGUCCCUGCAGGGACUCGUACUGCCGGGACAGUGGCCUCUCCGAGCUCCGCAGGCUGCACUACCAGAGCACUCGCUUCUGAGCCCAGGGAAAGUGGGAGGGGGAGGCUGUGGCUACCCAGUGGGGCUGCCCACCGCCAUCUGCUCUACACCCCCCACAGUGGGUCUGCCCCUGCUUGGACCCACUGUGGGCAGGGGCUGGUGCUGGGGUAUCCCAGCUGCUUCCCACUGAGCCAAACUGUUGCCAAGGGGCUCCCGCGGCCCUACGUGUUCUUGGUGCUGCUGUACCUACCCCAAGCGAAGGGGGCUUGCCCUGCUAUGGGCAGUCCCAGGCAGCAGUGCCCUGUUGCCGUGCAUCAGGGAGCGAUGGGACUGGAAAAGCCCCCAGCAGCGCUAAGGGGGGGAUGCACACUUAGCCCCAUGCCCACAGGCACUGAGCUCUUGCUUCAUCCCCUCCUUAGGGCACCCUGCUCUUGGUGCUGCAGCGUGGGCUCAGUUGCUGCAUGUCCACCGCCCAGGGUGCCUGCAGAGCCCUGGUGCCACUCCUUUUGCAUGAUGGUGCCAUACAUUCUCCCCAGCCCUGCCCCACAUGCUGCCCGUUGCUGCUCCCCAGCCUUGGCCACAUGCCCUCACCCAUCUGGCAGUGCAUCCUUGCCAGCAGCAUCCUUCAGCACUGCCAUGACACUGGACACUUGCUUCUGCUCCCUUCCUGACCUGGUGCCAUCCCCAGCUGGACCCAGAAAGCUCCCCAGCCCAGCGUCCAAGGCAGGGAGGUGCAGUGCUGGGCAGGCUCCUGCCUCUAUGCCUUGUGCCCUGGGCUCACUCAUGGCCCAGCAUAGCUGAGGCUGAGCUGU